AUGCCUGAAUUUCGACAGUCGUUUUGGGCCGGAACGCUUACUGUGACGCGUCGGCAGAUGCUUCUAGUGCUCCGUAACACGGCGUUUAUGCGAGUUCGGGCGUUGAUGGUCGUGGUCAUGGGACUGAUUUACGGCAGCACCUUCUUCGGGUUUGACCCCACCAACGCACAAGUAUCACUGGGUGUCUUGUACCAGACAACGAUGUUCUUGGCAAUGGGCCAAGCGUCACAAACGCCAGUGUUUAUCGCCGCUCGUGAGAUUUACUACAAACAGCGCCGAGCGAACUUCUAUCGCACAUCGUCGUUUGCAAUCGCGUGUCUGACGGCACUCGUGCCCUAUGCAAUCUUGGAGUGUCUUGUCUUCAGCUCCUUCGUGUACAAGAUGUGUGGCUUCGUGUCGGGAGUGGACUACUUCCUCUUCUUCCUGCUUUGUAUGGUUCUGACCAACCUCGCACUAUGUGCGUGGUUCUUCGCAUUGACUGCGAUGGCGCCCGACUUCAAUAUCGCCAAGCCUUGUUCCACGUUCUCCGUCACAUUUUACGUCGUUUUCGCUGGUUUCAUUGUCCCGCGAAGCCAAAUUCCCGAUUUCUUUGUGUGGAUCUACUGGAUCAACCCCCUCGCUUGGUGCUUGCGUGCAGUUGCGGUGGAUCAGUACCGUUCGCCCACGUUUGACGUUUGUGUUUAUGACGGUGCAGACUACUGUGCGCAGUACGGCAUGACCAUGGGCGAGUACUCCUUGUCUCUGUACGACGUGCCAUCAGAUAAGAUGUGGGUGUGGACGGGUGUGUUGUUCCUCGUGUUCUCCACGGUCUUCUUCGUGAUGACCGGUAGUUAUAUCCUCGAGCACAAGCGGUACGAUAUCCCGGUGGCCACAGUGGCGGUUGUUUCAAGCUUUGGUGGCGAGGAGAAGGGCAAGCUUGAAGCUGUCCAAGAAGAAAAAGAACAGACGAAUCACCGAGACGGAAUUGCGAGUUAUGCCAUGGUUGCAACGCCACGAAAGGUCUCGGAUUCUCCAGUACACAGGGAAUCUUCAGAUGAGAUGGUUGUGGUCGAUCUCCACGAUGAACAAGCAAGGUUUGUACCGGUCGCGUUGGCAUUCAAGGAUCUCUGGUACUCCGUGCCUGUGCCCCAGCGCAGGAACGAGUCUAUGGACUUACUUAAAGGUAUCAGUGGUUAUGCGCUUCCUGGCACGAUGACAGCGUUAAUGGGAUCGUCAGGUGCCGGCAAGACAACACUUAUGGACGUGAUCGCUGGCCGGAAGACAGGAGGUACAAUCAAGGGUGAAAUCAUGUUGAACGGAUACCCCGCUACCGAGUUGGCAAUCCGUCGCUGCACCGGUUAUUGCGAGCAGCAAGACGUUCACUCAGAAGGAGCCACGAUCCGAGAAGCACUCACUUUUAGUGCCUUCUUGCGUCAAGACAGCAGUGUGUCGGAGCGAGCAAAGCUCGCGUCUGUCGAAGAAUGUCUGGAUCUCCUCGACAUGCAUGCCAUCGCUGACCAGAUUAUCCGUGGACGUUCUCAAGAACAAAUGAAGCGCCUGACCAUAGGCGUGGAACUCGCCGCGCAACCCAGUGUGCUAUUCCUCGACGAACCAACCAGCGGACUGGACGCUCACUCGGCCAAGGUUAUCAUGGACGGCGUACGAAAGGUGGCCGACAGCGGACGGACCGUGGUGUGCACGAUCCAUCAGCCUUCGUCCGACGUUUUCUCCUUGUUCGACAAUUUGCUGCUACUGAAACGUGGUGGUGAGAUGGCAAUUCCAGAAGUUUCACGCUUACCCGACGGUCAGAACCCGGCGACGUGGAUGCUGGAGUGUAUCGGUGCAGGCGUUGCUGGCGCGGGCGAAAAACUCAUGACGAACGCUGCUGCGGCCUUGGACUUUGCCACGCAUUUCCGUAAGAGUGCUGAGCACCAAGCGUUGUUGACUGGAUUAAAGCAGCCUGGUGUCUCGACCCCCGCACCCGAUCACCUACCGGAAUUGAUAUUCAAGAACAAACGUGCUGCUGGUCAUUGGACCCAGCUGCGCAUGCUGGUGGGGCGGUUCAUGACAAUCUACUGGCGCACACCGUCGUACAAUUUGACUCGAUUCUUGAUCGCCUUUGGUCUGGCUGUGAUCUUUGGCCUAGUUCUUGUGAAUGGCCGCUAUACGACGUACCAAGGUCUUAAUUCUGCGGUGGGUAUUAUCUUCAUGACGGCGCUUUACCAGGGCUACAUCACGUACGUCGGUUGUUUGCCGUUUACCUUGCGUGAGCGUGCAUCCUACUACCGCGAACGAGACUCCCAGGCGUACAACGCGCUUUGGUAUUUCGUUGGAGCUACGGUGGCCGAGAUCCCCUACGUGUUUGGCAGCGGCCUCAUCUUCACGGUUGUUUUCUUCCCAUUGAUGGGCAUCGGAUCGUUCACAACGGCCGUGCUGUACUGGAUCAACGUGUCACUCUUCGUGCUGCUGCAGACGUACUUGGCUCAGCUGUUCAUUUACGCGAUGCCGAGUGUGGAAGUGGCUGCUAUCGUGGGUGUUUUGAUCAACGCCAUCUUCUUGCUAUUCGCCGGCUUCAACCCUCCCGCCGGCUCCAUCCCUGAGGGCUACAAGUGGCUGUACCACAUCACUCCACAACGCUACGCAUUGUCCAUCCUGGUCUCCAUUCUGUUUGGCAAUUGCCCCGAAGAUCCGACAUUCGACGAAACUACUCAAUCGUACAUCAACGUGCGACCGGAACUCGCAUGCCAGCCACUGCAGCACACGCCGCUGUCGAUCGGCCACACGACGGUGAAAGGCUACAUUCAAGAUGUGUUCCAUAUGAGGUACGACGACGUGUGGAGCAACUUCGGCUACGUGUUCAUAUUCCUAGCUAUUUUCCGCUUGCUGUCGCUAUUGGCACUCCGCUUCAUUAACCACCAGAAACGGUAG